AUUCAGCCUGUUAUUGUGUUAACACGUAUUAACGAUAGCUUAAUUCAAGAUCAAUAUAUUUUAAAAUUCACGCAGAAUUUCUUAAUCGCAAAUGAAUAGUUGCCUUAGCUGUUUGUUUAACAAAAAAAAUGGCAGUCAAAAUUUUAAUUUCAGUUUAAUUUAUUAAUAAAAUAUAUUAUAUUUUAAAGCAAAUUUUACUUAUUGGAGUUGAGUGGAAAAAAGAUAAGUUGAUAGAAUUGUCGUGACUGCAAUUUUUUUUCCCCCAAUUAUUUAAAAAUGUUCGUGUUUCGAGUUUUGCUGAUAUCCGUAUUGAUGCUGGUGGCUGAAUCAACGAAGCGUAAAUCUUCUAAUAUUGUUCUGAUCGUUGCCGAUGAUUUGGGUUGGAAUGACAUUAGUUUUCACGGUUCAAAUCAAAUUUUGACACCAAAUAUUGAUUUACUAUCUUUAUCAGGAAAAGGUCUCGGACGAUACUACAGUCACUGUAUAUGUACUCCUUCCAGAUCGGCAUUAAUGACUGGCAAAUAUGCGCACAGAAUAGGUAUGCAAGGGUUUCCACUUAGCAACAGCGAGGACAGAGGAUUGCCAACUAAUGAAAAGAUUCUACCCCAAUAUCUAAAAGAAUUGGGUUACUCCACGCAUUUGGUGGGAAAAUGGCAUAUCGGCGAAUCACGAACUGAAUUUUUACCGACUGAGAGAGGGUUCGACAGUCAUUUUGGACACAGAGGGGGAUUCCUUGAUUACUACGAAUACACAUUGGAUGAAAAGUGGGCGACUGGUACUGUGACAGGCUACGGUCUGUUUAAAAAUAAAACCGCCGCUUGGGGUGUCGAAGGAUAUCUCACUGAUGUUUAUACAGAAGAGGCCAAGAAAGUAAUAAAAAAUCACGAUAAAAAAAAGCCACUUUUCCUGAUGCUGGCCCACAAUGCACCACACUCCGCCAAUGAGCCGGCUAUUGUGCAGGCGCCGCCUGAGGACGUGCGUGCAAUGAAACAUGUAGAGAAAACUGGUAGACGGAUUUUUGCAGCGAUGAUGAAGAAACUGGAUGAUGGUAUAGGUGAAGUCGUAGAGGCACUUCACAACAAAGGCAUCCUCGAUAAUACUGUUAUUGUUUUCAUUGCGGAUAACGGAGGAAUGACUUCAGGUUUUAAAAUGAAUUAUGCAUCUAAUUGGCCAUUGAGGGGUCUGAAAAUGACCCCAUUUGAGGGGGGCGUGAGAGUACCAGGACUAAUAUGGAGUCAAGAUUUUAAAACUCCGCAAAACCUCUGGAAUGGUUACAUACACGUUACAGAUUGGCUUCCGAUUUUCAUGAAUAUUGCUGGUGCAGCACCACCAAAUAAUAUUAGUGGAAUAGAUUUAUGGAAUAGUAUUAAAGCUAAUGAAGAUUCAAGUCGACAGGAAAUGUACGAAAUCGAUGAUAGAACUGGUUUUGCGUCUGUUAUAUACGGUGAUUUUAAACUUGUAACUGGACAUGUUACGGAAGAAUACAGUGAUUAUGAAGGAGGCGAUCUCCGAGGUAUUAUCGGAGAGCCUCCGUCAUACAAUGAUGCUAUUGAAAAAAGUAAAGUUUAUGGUGUUUUGAGAAAGAUCGGAAAACCUGUGAAAAAGAUCGAUUACAAUUUAAGAAAACAAAUCGAAGUAAAAUGUGAUCGUAAAGAUACUGAUGAAAUUUGUUAUCCCAAUAAAGAUAAAAUUUGUCUUUACAACAUAAAAGAAGAUCCUUGUGAAACAAGAGAUGUUUCUAAAGAAAAUCCAGACAUUGUUGUAAACAUGUUACAACUUUUGAAAGUUGAAUUAACUAAAACUGUUCCUCGAACGGAUCCGCCACUAGCUAGUGACCCGAGGUCAUUGCCCAGUUUACAUAACAAUACGUGGGAUACAUUUAUUGAUUAAAUUGAUUACAAAAA